AUGUCCGGCUCGGCGUCGACGACGCUGCAAUACACGGGGAUCGGCGCCUUCGUCGCCAUCGUCCUCCUCGGCCUCGUCUACUUCGGCCGGUCCAUCAUCACCGGCCGCCACGAUGUCCACACCAGGCAUGACACGGCCACCGCGAGCCCGGGGCAGCAGCUGGGCCUUGCCCCCGACGACAUCGCCGUGCUCCCGACGUUCACGUACCUCGGCGCUUCGCCUGGCCGCUGGGGCGGCGGCGGCGGCAAGGCCAAGGCCAAGGCUGUGGCAGCGGACAGCUGCGCGGUCUGCCUCGAAGAGCUCCGCGAGGGCGCGCUGGUGCGCAUGCUGCCGUCGUGCAAGCAUUACUUCCAUGCGACCUGCGUCGACGUGUGGCUGCUGUCGCACGCGACGUGCCCAGUCUGCCGAGCGAGCCCGGCGCCCGAGAAAGUCCGCCUGGGCGCGGUGUCCAUGUCGCCGCCGCUCCCGCAGCUCCGACCAUACGGCGGGUCGCCCAAGGGAGGCGAUGUUUCCAGGUUGUCGUCUCCAGCGGUCAGGUCUUCGACGCAGCCGGAGCUUUUCCUCCACGUGAGCAAUGCCCACUCAGUAAUGGCGCCGUCGCCGACUAGACCUGCGACGCCGGACAGACGAGUGUUUCGGUCAAGUUCAUCUUCUCAGGCGAUGACAGAUUUGCAUUUGGCGGAGGCUGUGUAA